AAGCAGCAAUGGACCUUCCGCAAGUUCACCUACCAUCUCGUGGAUCUCAACCAGCUGCCUGACAUGUCCUACAAGCAGCUGAUGCCACUGUAUAGUGCCUGGCAGCCGUGUUGCCUGAACCAUGACAUUCAAUGGAAGCAGCACUCACUGAAGUGCCUGUGCAAGGCCAAGAAGGAGGCACCACCCGUGGAGAAAACAGACAUGGUGAACACUCACCUGCAGGAUAUAAUCCUCCUGCCUAAGAAGGUGGGCAGCGUGGUGGGCAUCUACAAUGCCAAGACCUUCAACCAGGUGGAGAUCAAGUCUGAGAUGAUCGGCCACUACCUGGGCAAGUUCUCCAUCACCUACAAUCCCGUGAAGCACAGCUGGCUGGGCAUUGGGGCCACCCAUUCCUCCUGUUUCAUGCCCCUCGAUUAG